ACAAAGCCAAAACAGGAUGAAUUGGAAUCCCUUUCUUCCUGAAUAUUCAGCAUGGCAACCCAAAUGGAACCAUCAAGAUAUUCGAUUAACAUUCUUCAAAUGUUUAAAAUGGCAGGAAGAGGGCAAAGUUGUGUUCAGUCGAAAAGAUACUUGCUUCCUUCUGGUCCGAUCGCUCUCCCACUGAUCAUCUUGGCCCUAGCCAAGGGCCACCGUAUCAAUACCUCGUUCCCUCUCUCAACUACCGGUCCGGCCAUCCUCCAACUGGUUUUGAUUUCAGCUCUAACCUUCACCAACGGAGGAGACAGCGACAUCCAGUAUGUGUUUUUCAAGGCGUCGACCAUCUCCGGAAUUUUGCAUGCGAGUAUGUACCUGGAUGCUGUUAUCUUGCCUUACUACACUGGUCUUGAUGCUCUGGUGAAAUCAACUUUCUCGGGUGAGUGCCCAUCUUGUGUGUGUCGAAAUGAAGAUUUAGUGGUGGGAGGAAGACUGGUUUCCUACACAGGAUGGUCUUUCACCAGUUUUCUGGUUGUGGGUACUCUAUGCUGGAGGGUUGUAUGCAGGCUCUAUGGAAGAAAAUUAGGAAAGUUCACACUGGUAAGGCCUUUGCUGGAGAGUUCAAGUUGGAUCCUGAUAACCAUUGAUUGUGUUUACCUCUCGACAAUUUCGCCACCCGAGAAACUAAUGUUGCCAGUUGCUGCUUUCGGAGGCAUACUUGUUUUGAUUUGCCUUUGUGUAACUAGAGAAUUAUGCACUAGUAUCACACAUCUACAUUUUGUGUAUAAAUAUAGGACAGCAGACAUUUGCAACAGAGGCAAGGUAGAAAUGACAAAUUGAUUGAACAUAUUUUCAUAAACAAUGAACAAUAAUCAUAUGAAGAUUAUAUCGAUAGUAA